UCAGUCCUAAGUCCUACCAGAGAUGCCAGUUCUGAUACGCUUGGAAGCAUGCAGCAGCAAGUGGAGGGGAUGCGCACAACAUCAGCAAGCAUUUACUCGCUGCUUUGUGCACAUCCCUUCCACCGUUAUAGCAUGCUGCGAACGUCUCAAAACUGGCAUCUCUGCGUCUUACCAGUGGCUUCGCGGUGUUACACACAUACACGCACACGCAUCACGCACACACGUUUCCACAGGAGGAAGUUAUUUCGGAAUUUAUUCCAAUUUCCUACAGAGCUUCAACAACAUCAGAGAAUUCGAGAAAAGUCGGCUGAGAACUUGCGUAGAAUCGUGCUUUGAUUGUGUUCUCUCUUAGUAAAUCGUAGUAUCAUACACACAAUGGCAUCGAAAGAUUUUAAUGUUACUUUUAUCAACAACAUACAAUUAGGUUUGGAAGUUAAGCCUACGCAAGAGCAAACUUUUGAGAGACUACGUAUUUGUCAAUCGUUGGUAAAUGAAACAUGGGAAUAUAUUGAUCCCACACCGAGCAUUUAUGAAUUGUUUGUGCAAUUCAACAAACAAUUUUUCUGGAAUGUUUUGGAAUCUGUAGAAGUCAAAUGGAGCAAAAGAAUGACGAGUUCUGCCGGAGUCUGCAGCUUUCAUUCACGUAACAAGCAGUGUAUAAUAUCGUUAAGUGAACCAUUAUUAAAAUUAAGGCCGAGAAAAGAUCUCGUGGAGACUUUACUGCACGAGAUGAUUCACGCGUAUUUGUUCUUAACAAAUAACGAUCGAGACAGAGAUGGUCAUGGACCAAAUUUCUGCGAGCACAUGAACAGGAUAAACAAACUGGCAGGGACAAAAAUUAGCAUUUAUCACGAUUUCCAUGAGGAAGUAAAGCUAUAUCAACAACAUUGGUGGAAAUGUGACGGACCCUGCCACCGUAGGCCACCAUUUUUCGGAAUGGUUCGGCGAGCUAUGAAUCGUCCACCUGGUCCGUCGGACUGUUGGUGGUUUAAACAUCAAAGUAGUUGUAGUGGCAAAUUCAUAAAAGUGAGAGAGCCGGAGAACUUUAAAUCACGCUCGAAACAAAGUUCUGGAAAGUCAAAUCUCAAAUCAAAAAGUGAAAAACCCAUUAGCGAUUGGUUUUCAACGACGUCUAGUUCGUCGAGUGGUGCAAGCAGACUUGCUUCUUCCGAAGUCCUCACUGAAAAAGAUUCCAAACUCGCACGACCUGGCAUUAGUCGAGAUAACGACACAAAUUCUAACGAAAAAUAUACUUCACACACGUCGAAGAAGAUCGGCAACUCGAGUAACAACGUGCACGGGUGGGGCACCGGUGGACCAAACAACAAAUCUGAAAAAAAUAAUAUCGUUUUAACUAAGAACGUCUUUUCCUGUUCGGGCGUUUUGGGCGGCAGCAACAGCGGACGAAGUAAUCUCUUGGCCAAAUUUUUAUCCACAGGAGACUGCAGAAGUCAAUCGACUGACAGAGAAUCACUGUCGGAUACGCCAUCGACCUCACGACAGACGUCUGCUGGUAUUUCGCUCUCGAAUCCAAGUCAGUCAGGAAACAACUCCAUACCUUGUCCUAUAUGCAACGUACCUAUGACCAUAAAAAAUUUAUAUACGCAUAUAGAUUCGUGCUUGAUAAAUGAUAAUAACGACAAUAUCGAAUUGAUCGACGAGAUCAACAACAAUAUCAACAACAACAACAACGAACUGAUAUUACCUAUGCCCGCGGCACCCUCAUCGUCACAAAGCGAGGAUGUGUCGCAUAAUAAACGCGUUAAAUUGGAAGAUGAUAACAUUUCAACCAGAUACGUCAAUUGUCCCGUUUGUAACAACACAUUUCCAGCCGACGACAUUAAUGAACAUCUUGACGAAUGUCUGUUGCAUACCGAGACUGUUCACAAAGAGCCGAUUGCGUCAACUUCGAGCGCAUCGAACGACAGUGUAAUUAAUAUCAACAGUUCCUGUAGUUCCGACGUGGACGACUCUGCGAUUACGAGUCCGGUAGCGCAACCGUGCGACACCAAUGAAACGGAGAAGAACCAAAUAUGUUUAGUUUGCAACGCACAGAUCCCGCUUGAGACGUCGUUAAACGAGCAUCUUGAGGAAUGUAUCGGUGAUCUCUUUCGCGAUGAUAAAAUGGACCCUAAGGAGGACGAGAAGGAUGAUAACACCAUUGUCAUAGAAGAUAACCCCACGGAGAGUAAAUAUCCUUGUCCCGUGUGCAUGCAGAUGAUAUCAGAAAAUUUGAUGAAUCAGCAUCUAGAUACGUGCCUUAAAAACGAAGAAAUAAUCUUAUAAGAAGAAAGAAAGCAACGAUAUAAAUAAUAUAUUUUGCAAAAAUAAGGAUAUAAU